CCACGCCCUAUUCAUCUUGCCAUUAUUUGCUGUCUCGACUACAACUCAACAAAAAACAGUUUUUUUUUUGCAAGGAAUGUCUGGAUCAUCUUCUGACGAGCUCUUUUCCAGCCGCUCCAAGGUAGUACUCAACUGUGGUAACAUUGCCAGCUGGAGCAAAAUAAAAAAGAAAGCUCUACUGACCUCCACUGGAGAACUGGUGUCUGCUAUCGAGAACACACUGAUCAGCUAUUCUGGGUCUCAAAAACCAAACCCACUACCUGAUGAAUUGGCUGUAGUAAGAAGUGCUGGCCUUGCUCAGACGAUUCCACCAGACGAGAGGGAGAACCUCACAAUCACACUAAAAGUAUUUCCAAGUGCAUGGGACCCUAAUGAAAUAACCCAAGCCGUUGAUACAAGUUUGGUGGAGUUAGGUAUUAAUGCUGUCGACACGCUGAUAUUAGCACCGCCAUCUUGCCAAGGACAGGAUAAAACAAUGGAGAAUAUACAAAAGCUAUGGAAAGGAGUUGAAGAGUCCGCAAUGCAAAAGAAAAUGUCGGUAGUAGGUGUAGCAGAUCUUGAUAAAAAGGAAUUAGAAGAACUAUUCAAUUGGGCCAAAGUAAAGCCAAGGAUUAAUCAAGUGAAUUUGGCUCAUUGUUGCACCAUACCCGAGGAUUUGGCUCAAUAUUGCAAGGAAGUUGACAUUAAACUCUUUACUCAUAAUGAUGACAGAUGUCUCCUACCACCUGAGAGCUUACAAGAAACCAUGCGAAAUACCCUCAAAGUGGGCGAAAAUUGGAGCUGUGGUUGGGUAUCGCGUUAUAAUUCCAUCAUCAAUCUACGCGGGAUCGUCAGUCAUAAGGGGUAUCUCGUAGAACUAAAUAAAGUAUCGCAAUAAAUAUUUUUUUGUUAUUUUUACGUUAUCAUCAUUGUUCAUCUCUACUCUUUAUUAAGUUUUUGUUUGUUGUUGUGAUUGUUUUUUUUGCUCUUCUAAUGAUACAUGAUCUUCCUCU